AUGCUGUUUGUCACUCCCGCCAUUUCUGUCGUGGGAAUUGUGGGAAACGUCUGCAGUAUUUUAGUUCUUGCUAAACAAAACUGGAGAAAGUGUUCCAACAUUCUCCUUCUGGGACUCGCAGUCAGCGAUGUUAUGUAUUUAUUUGGCUUCAACAAUAUUCCAAAAAUCAUCUACACUGUUUUUGGUAAACAGUCGUUUUUAUAUUCACGCUAUUCUUCAACCGUUUUAUUUAUUUUUUCCGAAGUCUGUCUGAUCAUUGAUUAUUCAUCCGGACUGAUAUCUUUAACACUUCCAAUGUUGAUAACAAUAGAGCGCCUAGUUACCAGAACAUUCAUUGCCGUGUCUGGAGUUUUUAUUUUCUGGUAUGGUAAUUUUAUCUACACCGUUUUCUGGUUUGAAUUAGGGGAUAAAUAUGAUAUUUCAGUGAACAAAACCGUUUUUGUUAUUGUCCGUUCCGCCUUAUUCAGACAAGACAGACCAACCGUAUAUCAAAUUGAGGAAGUUUGGGCAUAUAUGAGUAUGCGAAUUCCAGCAGUGUUUACUUUUAUCGGUUGUAUUGUUAUCGGCGUUAAAAUUAAAAUGGCGUCGAUAAAAAGGAGACAGCUAACUGGAAAACAAGCAAAGGGAUCGAUGAAUCGGACAACAAAAACUUUGUUAGCUGUUUGUGGGGUCUACACCGUUACCUGUGCCAUUGCGUCACUUCCGGUUGUCAUACCCCAGUACGUAUCGUAUUCUAUCAGCGAGGACUCUACCACAAACAUCUGCCAGGUCACCUAUCACAUCAUCAGCACAGUCGUUUGUGUCAACAGUUCCUGCAACUUCGUCAUCUACAUCGUCUUCAACAAGAACUUUAGGGUGGCCUACAAGGCUUUGUUCAUCAAAGGUUCUAAAAACAAUAUUGCGAUACGGAAACGUUAG